AUGUUUCACGGCUUCCCUGACGUGAAGAUAGCACCUCGUGACACCACUCUCAGCGAGCAGUUCUCUCUGCUUGAGAGGGAAGACUGUGUGGAGGCGCUGAUGCAGUCGGUGGUGCAGAAGGUGCGCAUCUCCUUCGCUGCCCUGACCUACCUCGGUAGCCUGGCGCAGAACGCCACGUCCCACUACGCUCUCUUUGGCCGGGUGUGCGGAGUGCAGGUGAAUGAGGUGAUUGAGAUCACGAAUGUGCUGCCGCCGGUCAUCACCUCCCGGCCGCCGGAGGACGAAUCACCGGAGCAGCGUGAGGAGCGGCUGCAGGAGCAGCAGCGUGAGGAGCGGAGGAUGUACGAGCGGAUGGGGAAAAUGCUGCUGAAGGAGGAACUUGACAGCUACCAGGUAGGCUACUUCGCGGUGUGCAGCGCCUGCACCAACGCCCCGUACUCGGUCCGUACGGCGCAGCAGCUGGCGCAGUUGGCAGUGGAUGGCCAUCCAAGCGUCCUCAUUGUGUACGACCCGUUCCGCACAAGCUUGAUGGGCAAACUUUACCUGCGUGCCUUUGUGCCCACGCGUGAGUACGUGGAGUUCUACACGAGAAUCAACAACAAGCGUAACACUCUGCGAGAAAACCGCCUGAUGCGGGACUGCCACGUCGGCAAGAGCGGGGUGCUGCGGGAGGUGAGGGUAGAGGUAGACGUGGAUGAGUACCAUCUCCUCUGCCUCGACAGGUUUAAAAUCACGCCACUUCCAAGCACCUGCGCCACCCUGCACUCGCAGACUAUGGCGGAGUACACCGCCGCCCUCAUCGAGUCUGUGCGCCACAACACCGAUGAACUUUCCCGCGUGCUGCACAGUGAGAGCUACUUCAGUCAGAAGGAGGAGAGUUAUGGCCCGCUGGCGCAACGCAUCGACACACUCCUGAAACUAAUGCAGCUGCGCGAGCAGACACAGCACUUAGAGUCCAUCUGCGACGGCGUCCUCCUCAACACCACGCUGCUGCGCGACCUGUAG